AUGAAGGACUAUGCGGGCACCGAGGCGCGCGAUGCGAAUGAGGAUACUAGGUCGGAGAGGAGCGCGUUGUUAGGCCCUUCCCCGUCGGAUUCGGGCGUCGAGAGCGUAAAGAAGAGGGAUGGGCAUGCGACGCUUACCAGCAGCGUUAGCAACCUCGCAAAUACUAUCAUUGGUUCUGGCAUGUUGACAUUCCCGAGAGCACUUGCAUCGGCCGGCAUCAUACCCGGUAUAAUAACUUGCCUGUUUAGUGGUGGGGUAGCCGCUUUCGGAUUGCACCUUCUGAGCAUCUGCGCACGACAUGCACCGCACCGACGUGCGAGCUUCUUUGCCGUUGCGGAACUCACAUUCCCGCGCGCGGCCGUCUUCUUUGACGCCGCCAUCGCGAUCAAGUGCUUUGGCGUGUCCAUCAGCUACUUGAUUAUUAUCAAGAGCUUGGUACCCAGUGUGGUGCAAAGUCUAUACCACGAUAUCGGACAUGGCGCUGUGCCUCCCGAAUGGACGCUUAAUGGACGGAUAUGGAUCACGCUGCUCAUGUUCAUCCUGGUACCGCUAUGCUUCAUGCGCCACUUGCACUCGUUGAGGCAUACGAGCUAUGUCGCCCUCUUUUCCGUCGCGUAUCUGGUGCUCAUUGUCAUUGUGGUGUACUUCCACCCGCUUGAGAACAUGCCGCCGCGUGGAGAUGUAUACCUCGCGCACUGGUCGACGGACUUCAUCUCCACAUUCCCAGUUCAAGUAUUCGCCUUCACCUGCGCGCAGAACCUCUUCCCGAUAUUUAACGAAGUUCAAACCAACUCACAAGCGCGCAUGAACACGAUCGUGGGCAGUGCUAUCGGCUCUGCGACCAUCACCUACGAAGUCAUAGCCGUAUUUGGAUACCUGACAUUCGGCAGCAACGUCGGUGCUAAUAUCAUUGCGAUGUACCCCUCCACAUCUCUCUUCGUCGCUGUCGGUCAGCUCGCCAUCGCCAUCCUCGUUCUGUUCUCCUACCCCCUACAAGUCCACCCAUGCCGCAACUGCCUAGACAAGGUCUUCAGCUUUGGCUCAUCCGUUGAGAAGGGCAAGCUCGCGAGCGCACAGGACGACGAGGACGAGGAUGACGAGAGUGUCACAGAUGCGGACCAUUCGGGCGGGGAGAUGAGCGUCGCGAAGCAUACGGCCCUGACAUCUCUGAUUGUCGCGGGCGGUUUCACCAUCGCGUACUUCGUGGACAACCUCGAGAUGGUUCUAUCGUUUGUCGGCGCGACGGGAAGCACGACCAUCUCGUUCAUUCUGCCGGGUCUGUUUUACUGGCAGAUGCACCGUGGGGAUCCGACGGCUAGUAAGGGGAUGACGAGGGCUGCGCUUGCACUUGCGUGCUAUGGCGGGUGUAUCCUCGUGUUUUGCUUGAGCUUCAAUAUUUAUAAGAUCGCGAGCGGGUCAGGGCCUGCUGGACAUUGA